AUGGAGGACAACAUCCCUUGCAUCCAGUACUCGGAAGAGGCGCGAACCCGUAAGCGGAUAAGGCAUCUGGAUUUUAAGUAUGCGUACAUCAGAGACAUCAUAAGAAGCGGUCAGCUAUCUUUGCGUCAUAUCUCUACUGAGGACCAGCCAGCUGAUGUGUCCAUGAAAGCAUCACCGAGUGCGAGGCAUGCGAAGCUGUUCAUCGUUCUCAAUCUGCAAAUUCAGGGGAGCUUCUGUUCCCCACAGGUCCCUGUAAACAUCUACUACGAAUCGCUCUGCCCGGACAGUGCCAAAUUCAUCAACGAGCAGCUGUACCCGGUGGCCAAGCAGUUCCGCAGCAAUCUGGACCUCAAAUUUAUCCCGUUCGGCAAGUCCACCUACCGGACGCAGGGAUCGGAUGUGCUGUUCGAUUGCCACCAUGGUCCGAACGAGUGCUACGGCAAUAAGGUGCAUGCCUGUGCUCUGUACCACAUCCAGGGCAACUCGUAUCAACCGAACAACACCAAGGAAGCGCUCGUUCUGGAGUAUGUGAACUGUCUGAUGGAGCGGGCCCAGUUCAAGGAUGGCGUUUUCCCCGGAAAGGCUUGCGCCGAUGCCUUCGAGAUUCACAACUACGAAACGAUCGAAACGUGCGCCAACUCAACCGAGGGAAGCAGCUUGCUCAGGAACUAUGGAGAUGAAACGGAAAAGCUUCUGAAGGGUGGCCUCAAGAACGUUCCGACGAUUGCUUUCAAACAGACCUUCGACAGCGAUAACCAGAACCUGGCGAUCCAGAACUUCCGCGCUGCACUGUGCAAGAACCUCAACCCAUCGCCGGUCGAGUGCCGUAACAUUCCAGGAAGUGCCCCAGUUCCGAUGGUUUCCUCGAUCGGAUUGGUCGGCCUCGUGAUGACUGUGAUUUUAACACGUUUGUUCUAGAACGUCUCAGCACCUACAUACAUACCCAUCUUUCGUAUUAUGUGUGUUACUUACUUAAACACUUGUUAAGCUCAUCUUGUGUGGCGAAGCCUAAGAGGAUCGCAUUUAAUCGAAAAGAAUUACGAAAAAAGUCGAAUGAAAAUCAUUCCGUCCGCGUGGUGCAUUUUAAUCCGAAUACUUGGAGCACUUUAAAUGUAACUGUUGAAAAUCCGUCUCGAUAAAUUGAUAUCAUUUUAGAUUUUAAAAAAGUGAAAAAUUUGAUAUAAGUAUAAAAAAUCUCUAUGUACAUCAACAUGUUGGAAAUAAACAAAAGUAAAGAUAAA